AUGGGUGCCAGUAAUUAUAAUGGUGGCGGUCUGCGCUGCGGCUUUUGCAGAUGUCUCAUCGGAUUUCUCGCGCUGACUGGAAUUGGCAUCUUCCUGGCAGUCCACUUGACGGACGCUAACACCCCGGCAGAUCUGAUACCCAACAACUUUAAACCUUCCGACUUCAUUCCGAACUGGGAAGAAUUCUUUCAUGAAGAUCCGUUCAACGCGACAGGCCCAGACGACGCCCCGCGAUGGCGAAACAGUGGCAACGGACUCAACCUCGAAAUUGUCAACGCUCUCGACGAGCGCUGGAAUGUCUAUUUCGACCGCGCAGUUCAAGAGUGGGAUGCCGGGAAUCCGGAUGUUCUAGACCUGACGACGUCCGCCAGCUCCGUUGAUUCCAGUUGUCAAGCAGUUGAAGGUGUCAUGAAGGUUUGUAACGGAAACUACGGCGACACGCGCUGGAAAGGUAUCAAUGAGGUCAUUAUUGAAAAUGGUGUUCGCAUAAUUUCGAGUACGGCUAAAAUGAAUGAGUUUUACUUGUCCGGUGGUAACGACGCACAGAAACAAUACACGAUGUGUCACGAAAUCGGGCACGGCUUUGGAUUGCCUCAUACUGACGAAAAUUUCAACAACGCCAAUACAGGAGAAUGCAUGGACUAUACAUCUCAGCCCGAAGCAAAUAUGCAACCCGGAGAGGCCAAUUUCUUGUUUUUGCAAGAAAUGUAUGGAACACAAACCGGCGGGAAUACGGUAGCUAGUGCUUCAGAAGUGCCAACCGAUCGACGCAUCCCUGCACUCCGCGGUAGCGCCACUAUUAGUUGGUUUGAGGAUGUUGUUCUGUCGGUCUGGGACGACCUUAUACCCAAAAUAGAGGGUAGAGUUGACGAGCGAGAGCAUGAGGAUGGAUGGCAGCUAGUCCACCGAUCACUGCAUGGCAGUGCUCACGAAAUGUAUUUGGGAAAGGGGCUGGUAGUUCGUGUUCAUAAACUAUUCUCGAGCGAGCGUUUGGAGUAG